AUGGGCUCUGGGGAAGAACCUGACCAGGACCCCAUGUUUGGUUUAUCUGUUAUUGCGACAAAUAUGGAUAAAGUCACUCUUACUGUUGGGUUGGAUGGUGCAGCAUUCCAGAGUCGCAUGCCUGCCGACAAGCUCACUACCCUUGAAGGCUCGCUCUUCUCCGAUAUUGUCAAGAGUCCGCCCCCAACACACAGGCUCUUUCUUCAUAUAAGAAACAGAAUACUGCAGAUGUGGCUGGAGUCUCCACUUCAGGAGCUGACGUAUGAAGGAGUAAUGGCAGAUCUGGAGUCACCAUUUAAUUCAGAAGGCGUCCUGUGUGCACGUAUCCAUGCUUACCUGGAGCGUCAUGGAUACAUCAAUUUUGGUGUAUUUAAAAGAGUUAAGCCCCUUCCCCAGAAGAAGUAUGGGAGUGUCAUUGUCAUUGGAGCAGGGAUUGCUGGUUUGGCCGCUGCCCAACAACUUACAUCUUUUGGAUUUGAAGUUACUGUUUUGGAAGCUCGGGAUCGUGUUGGAGGCAGAAUUGCAACCUUCCGCAAGGGACCAUACAUAGCUGAUUUAGGAGCCAUGGUGGUGACGGGAUUAGGAGGAAAUCCUGUUAAUGUUUUAUCAAAACAAAUAAAUAUGGAAUUAGUACGGAUUAAGCAAAAGUGUCCCCUUUACGAAUCCAACGGAAACACUGUUUUGAAGGACAAGGAUGAGAUGGUUGAGAGAGAAUUUAACCGAUUACUUGAGGCUACCAGCUUCCUGUCCCACCAGUUGGACUUUAACUAUGUAGAUAAUCGACCCAUAAGUCUUGGAGAAGGUCUUGAGUGGGUCAUUAAUCUUCAAGAGAAAAAUGUCAAAGAAAAGCAAGUGACUCAUUGGAAGACUGUAGUGAAACUUCAGGAGAAGCUUAAAACUGUCUUGAACAAGCUCCUUGCCCUUCAUGACAAAAUUGCAUUAUUACAUAAGGAACACAGCCAGUUAAGUGAAAAGAGAAACUCCCGGAACAUCACAAAUGAAUUUGUGUACCGGGUCAAACUACGUGAACUACAGAAUGCUUGUAAGGAAUGGGAUCAAUUGGUGGAGCAACAGCGUGAAAUAGAAGACAAGUUGCAGGAGCUGGAGGCAUCGUCUCCAAGUGAUGUUUACCUCUCCUCCAGGGAUAGACAGAUUCUGGACUGGCAUUUUGCUAAUCUUGAGUUUGCUAAUGCCACUCCUCUCAAUAACCUAUCACUCAAACAUUGGGACCAAGAUGAUGAUUUUGAAUUUUCAGGCAGCCACCUCACAGUUCGAAAUGGAUAUUCCUGUGUGCCUGUAGGCCUAAGUGAAGGCCUAGAUAUUCGACUGAAUAUGGCUGUGCGCAAAAUCAUGUAUUCAAAUUCUGGGGCUGAAGUAACAGUUUCCAAUGCACGUAACCACUCCAACCCUGCUACCCUCAAGGGUGUGCUACUGUUCAUGGUGUUGGUACCCGUGGCGGAUACUGGGGUAUCCCCCGCAGAUAUGGGGGUCCUACUGUAUUUGGUAUUACUUUAUACAAAACAGUUUUUCUUUCCCAUCACAGGUGAAUUAUUUCUGUUUUGGAACCUGUAUCGAGCACCAGUUCUUCUAGCAUUGGUCGCUGGUGAAGCUGCGGCAAUAAUGGAAAAUGUCAGUGAUGAUGUUAUUGUCGGCCGCUGCAUUGCUGUGCUUAAGGGCAUUUUUGGAAAUUCUGCUGUACCACAACCCAAGGAAACUGUUGUAACACGCUGGCGAGCUGAUCCCUGGUCAAGGGGAUCCUACUCUUUUGUUUCUACUGGAGCUUCUGGAAAUGACUAUGACAUCCUAGCUACACCUAUUUCACUUCCUCCUUCCAACCAGAGUUCACAGAACUUGCAGAACUCAGCAGAUACUUCCACCCCACCUCCCAGGUUAUUCUUUGGAGGAGAACAUACCAUCAGGAACUACCCAGCCACUGUUCAUGGGGCCUUCCUCAGUGGGUUGAGGGAAGCAGGUCGAAUUGCUGAUCAAUUUCUGGGUUGCCCCUACGCAGCUCCUCCUCCGCCUCCUACAAAUGGAACGGCCAAUAUUGAAACAUUAAUUACCAAGUGAAUUUGCUUUAUAUGUUGUGGAAACCUGCUUGUGGGAAUUAAUAUUUUUGUUUACUAAUAUUUUUUUGUGCUCUUUAUAAUAUUAAUGUUAUAACCGAGUAAUUUAUUUUGUGCUUAUGUAGAACAUUGUACUCUAAAUCAGUUAAAAUUUGAUUUCUCUUAAUUUAGGAAAAGUCGUGCAGUGUUUUCCUAGAAUAUUAUAUAAUUUUGAUGUGAAAAAUUUAUAUUUCUGUUUUGUACCUUAUGUACCUUGUAUUUAGAAUUCAGUUGUUAUAUACCAAAUAUAGUCAUGCUACACAGUUGUUAAGUUGUUACUCAACUUACGAUGGGUUGACUUAUGAUAUUUCAACUUUACAAUGGUGCUUUUGCACCAUCAUAAAGUCGAAACUUAAGAUAAUUAUCCAUCAUGAAGGUGGCAAGUUCUUAAUUUGUAUACAUUUUUUAACCUUUCAGUGCUGGUAUUUAGUUAGUUACAGUAAUUAUUUGCUUAUUUACCUAUUCAUGGACAGUAGUUAUUUAUUUAUUAAGCAUAUAUUAAUAUUUGGUUAGCUGGACUUGAGUCUUGGAGGUGGGAAGUACAAUGCCUGCACUUUAAAGGAGGGGUUUGCAGUAUUGGCUGUUUGGAGUAACAUCUUAACUGUCAUGUCUGAGUGCCUCUGCAAAGACAGUGAUGUGUGUGAAUGAUGGUGAAAGUGUUUCUUUCUUACCCUGCCUCAGUGGGAAAUAGCUGAUAUGUUGGGAAAACGCAAAUAUAUUCAUGUUCGACAUACGAUAUUUUCGACUUAGGAUUUUUUUUUAUACUAAUUUUAAAUAUAGAAAUAGAAAGUUCAUAUAUUAGUCUGUCCCAUUGGUUAUCUUUAUUUUGGUAGAUAAAUGUUUUCACUUUAUCAGAAAUAUUGGCUAUGCUUUUGAGUGACAGUGUUGGUGCUCCGCAUUUAAUUUGGUCAGUGAUAAUGACCCAUUAUUACUUCAGUAGUUGUUUUGUAAAGUAAAAGGACACAAGUGCAACUAAUGUGACAUUUUAUUGUGGCAACAUUUCGCUCUCCAGGAGCUUUAUCAAGCCGAUACAAACAAUACAUGGACACAGAGGGUAUAUAUAGGCUUA